UUCCAAAAAAAAAAGGACCCACUCUUUAUUCAAAUAAUUCUUUCUACUCAUGAAAAUUAAUGGGUGAUUUGGUUUCUAAAGUAAAAAAUCCUACUGUAAAAUCUUAAAAGCCAAUAUAGUGAGUAAAAAGCGGGAUUUUUGGCUCCCACUUCCUCAUUUUGGUGCCAAAAAUCCAAAAAUUUCCCUCCCAAAAUCCCCUCCUAUUUAACUAUUCAAGGGUCACACUAUUCUCAAUUUCUCACUAACCUACAAGGCUACAAUUGACCUAUGCAACUCCAGUAAAAAUAAUGGCCAAACACCAGCGUAAAGAAGACCGUCUGAGUUCACUUCCCGACGCAAUUCUCAUCAACAUACUCUCUCUUCUCCCAACCAACACCGCCGCUUCCACCUCCGUCUUAUCCCACCGAUGGCGCUACCUUUGGACCGGCGUCACUCGCCUUGAUCUCAUCCUUGAUGAUGCACCAAACCUCACUGACUUCCUCAGCAACAUCCUACUACAACUAACAUCCCCGAAACUCCACUCUUUCAAAAUCGAGUUCGAUUCGGGUGCCUUCUUACAUGAUGAUGAUGACCCUGAUGCUGAUGCUGUAGAGUCCUGCUUUCAUCAUAUUUGCUGCCGAAAUGUCGAACAGUUCAUUUUCAUUGACACACGUGUAGAGGAAGGGCACUUUCGAACGCCUGAUUCCUUUCUUAGUUGUCAAUCUUUAGUAGAUUUGCAUUUGUUUGGUCCGCUUAAAUUUGAUUAUAAAAGUACUCAGUUUUACCUUCCGAAUUUGAAGAAGCUUUCCCUGAUUAACCUUUCAAAUGUGCCUGAUUGGGUUUGGUCUUUGCAUACAUUUGUCCCGUUCUUACAAGAUUUAACUCUGGUGUUUGAGACGACGUCUAGACUACCGCCUAAUGUAGUUUCUCCUCUGAAUUUGCAUUUCCUCAAUUUGAAGUCGUUGACGCUAGCUUUAAUUCCUGGUUUUAUUCAGGUUUCUAUUGAUGCACCUGAAAUAACACAUCUUGUUAUUAGUGGUUGUGUUUUACCUUAUACCUUUCGUCGUAUUCCAACUGAAUUAAUCAAAGCGUGUAUUGAAUUGAGGAGGGAGGAUAAGGAAGAAGAUGAGAAUGAUUACGCAGAGGAUUUUAACUGGUUUUCUGAAUUUUUCAGAGGAAUGUCUAUCCGCCUUGAGGUGACUUUGGAUGGGUCUAAUUUUAGUGGGAAUGAUUUGUUGGUUUCGCUGCAAUGCUUCCCUAACUUACAGCAUCUUUGGGUGAAAUUUGAUGUGAUGGGUUUUAUUGACGAACUGGUGCAGACAAUGUGGCGCUCACCUUAUAUUGUACCAAGCUGUCUAGUUAAUAAGCUCGAGAUGAUAAAGAUAAUUGGACUACCACUUAGUGGGAUUGCUGCUGGGCUCAUGUUGCUGAGGUACAUUCUAUGCAAUGCAAAAGUUUUGCGAAAGCUUUACUUUGGUGCUUGGUUUGAUGAACAUUCUCAAGCACAAGAACUCUGGAAGGAACGUAAGUUCUGUAAGUCCUUGUUUAAGCUCCCAAGGUGCUCGCCGACUUCUAAGGUUGUGUUUUCGGGAAGGUUUAUUACAUCAUCAAGUAAUACUUUCAAGAAAGGAAAGCUUACUUGUAAAAUGACCUAG